AUGGCAAACACUUCAAAAGUACAAUACAAAAGUUUGAAUAAUAAAAAGGACAACUUCCGCAGCAACUUCAAAAAAAUAAUGGAGGAAAAGACGAAAAUUGAAAACAUUUUCAAGGAGAUAGAAGAAAAAAAUAAAAAAAAUUGUGAAAUUAAAUCCAAAAUAAAACGUUUGUUGAGAGGAGAUUUAAGAGAAUUCAAUAAUGAUGUUGGCAACACAGCAACAAAUUCAACAGAAUCAACAACUACACCUGUUAAAGCAGCUACAAAUGUCGCUCAGACACCAGGAAGAAUGUCCUAUUCAACAAUAUACUGGAACCAAAAAAAUAAAGUCCGACGAACACACAGAGCAGCAAAUUACACAAAAGCAAAUGCAAUCAGUGGAGCCACUGAAGCAACGAUCACAUACAAAACGAAAACAUCAACAAGACCAAAAACCAGCAUAAACUACUCAACAUCUAUGAAUGGUAACAAAUCAACAUCAUCGAUCAUAUACAGCAAGGCAACCACACAAAUUAACUCAAAAACCGGAAAAGAUCAAGAACCAACAAGGAUAUCAUUUUCAUAUUUGCAUAGAAAUCGCCCAAAUCACACGGUCGCACCAACAACUUCAACAAUUAGAGCAACUAGACCAACAAGCACGAACAAUACAAAAACGUCAACAGAUGGAAUCAAACCAACGUCCAAAACAACAAAUAUUAGCCAUUCAUCUCAUUCAAUAUCUCAAAAAGCAGGAAAAGCUCAGGAGCCGAUACGGAAAUCGUUUUCGUUUAUGCAUAGAAACCGCACGAAUGAAUUAAAAAAGACACUCAGUACAACAAACCACACAAACGCCCCAACAACAUCAACAAAAGCAAUCGGAGGAGCUGCCAAACCAACAAACACAACAAAAACAUUGAAAACGCAUGCAAAUGAACCAGCGUCAUCAAAAUCAUCAAACAUCAGCCACAAAACAUCGCAAGUAACAGAAAAAUCUGAGAAACCAACACGGAUGUCGUACUCAUACAUGUUUAGACACGGCACAACAAAAGUACCAACAAUAUCAACAAAAGCAAUCAUAGGAGCCACAAAACCAACAAACACAGAACAAAUAAAAAUAUCAACUAAUACAUACAACUCAACAUCAACAAACACAAACAGACCAACAACAACAAACAUAAGCCAAAAAACAUCUAUAGACACAAACAAUACAACAUCAACAAAUAUUUAUAGAACCCCAGGUGAAAAUUCAAAGCAGACAAAGGUGGAUGUAAAAGACUCCAGUGAGAAAGGGGAAAUAGAAAGAGCAAAAAGAAGAUUGACUUUUGAACUGAAAAACCCCAGGCCAGAUGCCAAUGUCCACACAUCACCAACAGAAAAGACAUCAUCUGAAACGAACACAACCACACAAAACCUUAAUGAUGGCCUUCCAAACAGCAACAAUACUGAAGAUCAAAUGCCAUCUAGGACUGCGAGAGCUUCAACAAACAAAAACAGCACUUCAACAUUUAGUGAAACAAAUACAACACCAAUAAAAUCUGCGUAUACAAACAGCACAACGACGAUCAUUGAGCAAUUUCAAUCAUCGUCAACAAGUCCAUCAUCAAGUUUUACGCUGACACCAAGAAUCCUGACAAAGAAAGGAAAAAAUUCGGAAAUAAUAAUGGAUGGACUACAAAACUUUUCGAGUAUCAAUUAUUUAAUUCUUUCGACAGCAAUUAAAAAGAGAAGACUCACUCAGAAGAAAAAAAAGUCAGUUCCACUUUUAAGGAAGCUUCAGCUGCAAGCAACGUUGAAGGUCCUGCACAGGGUGAGCAAGCUAGGGCCAACAAAUCUAUUUUAUGCGGCCCGCGAGAACUUGUUCGCCAAAAAAAGGUCGUUAGCCAGACAUUAUGACCAAAAAAGGAGCCACAAAUCUUAA